GGGAGUCCCCGGGCCAGAAGGCUGAGAAUUGGUUUACUCUUGUCUCAUUGUGUCGUCUCCCAUUCCCUGGUAUCCCGAAACGCGAAGGGAAGCCUCGGUGCCUGCUGGGGAAUGGAUUCUGAAAGGGCGUUUGGAUAUCACUGAAUCCUCUUCUCUCGUAGGCAGGGAAUUUGAGGCUCGCUCUCACAUUCCCUAGCAGCCGCUGCCUGAUCCCGGGGCAGUGCAGACGGGCGGCAGUAGUAGUGGCGUCUCACGUUUUCCCGAACGGUGCCGCGGGAAGGUGACUUUGUGAUGAGGGAAAGCGGUGUCUUUUUGACACGUGGAGCAUGUGGAGGCGCCAUCCUGACCCAGAUACCGGGGCUUUUAAUUAUUUUAAAAUUUUCAAUUACAUCAGCCAAACUGCGCUUUGGCGUUUCGCGUCCUUUCCUUGGGCUAGUUAAACGGCCCUCCACAGGUUGUACGUGGUGAGUGGCAGACACAGUUGAGCCCUGCCUCCACCUUUUGGGAGCCCUUGGAGUGUGGAGGGGGACCAGCAUGUUAAGUGUCUGGAUGUCAAGAUCGGAGAACUGCUGGGUUUCAGAAGAGGGAAAUUUUCGUUUGGCCCACGUCACAGCAGAUUCUGUGGAAAAGGGGGAGGCUACAGAUAUUAAAGGGUGACAAUGAAGAACAGGAAAAAUUACUGAAGAAAAGCUGUACAUUGUAUGUUGGAAAUCUUUCCUUUUAUACAACUGAAGAACAAAUCUAUGAACUCUUCAGCAAAAGUGGUGACAUAAAGAAAAUCAUCAUGGGCCUGGAUAAAAUGAAGAAAACAGCAUGUGGGUUCUGCUUUGUGGAGUACUAUUUAAGAGCAGAUGCAGAAAAUGCCAUGCGGUACAUAAAUGGAACUCGUCUGGAUGACCGGAUCAUUCGCACAGACUGGGACGCAGGCUUUAAGGAGGGCAGGCAGUAUGGCCGUGGGCGUUCUGGGGGCCAGGUACGAGACGAGUAUCGUCAGGACUACGAUGCUGGGAGAGGAGGUUAUGGAAAACUGGCCCAAAACCCGUGAGUGGUGAGAGCCCUGUCAUGAAAAACUCACUCCUUUGGCCUGUUGAAUUUGAUGUGCAUUCCCAAGGUCUGCGAACCUGCCUGUUUUUACCAAGCUUUAUUUAAUAUGUCUCUGCUGAGCUGGAAGGCUCUUCAUGGUUUUCCACUUAAAAAAAUGAUUAAAGGACAGAAUCCAAAAGAAUGCCUUUAAUUCUGUAGUCUUAGCAUCUUGGUUGUGUGUCAGAUUACCAGAAUGAUUUCUGUUACCAGGUCAAAAAUUGUGUUCCUUAGCAACAGCCUUCAUGUAUAAUGUUGCUCUAUCAGCCAAAACACACUUCUUUUAGGAAGAUUGGGAAAAAAAUUUUUAAGUGUUUACCAUGUUUGUAUCUAAGUAGGUUCAUGGUCUAUCGUGGGGCCUGGAAUUACUAUUAUUUUUAAAAUUUUAAGUUUGCAUGAGAUAAAGUUUAAUAAGUGGAGUUUUGCCAUGUAAUGUAGCUUUACUCUAAAUUAGGAAUAGAUUUUGAUAACUGAAUUUUUUUCUAUGUUGAAUUUUAAUCUCUAAAGGCAAACUUAAGAGUCAAGGGAACUUCCUAAAUAGUUGGUAAGCCUUAGACAGUCGCAGGGGACACCACUUCUUAUGUGCUUUAUAUAUCAGGAAAUUAGGUCAGGACUUGAAGGGUAUUUACUAAACACAUUUUUCAAAAUAUGUUUUAGUUAAUGCUAAAAAAAACACAAGGGUCUGUAUUAGAGGGAACCUCAACUACUCUAAGGGCAGGGGGGGAUGCUGUCAGUAGGAAAUGGGGAGGAAAUAUCAGGAGAUGUGAGUUAAAUCAGUGCCUUGACAUGAAGAAGGUUGCUAUGAGAGCCAGCAGAUCUAUUUUUUUCAUUUUCAAACUGAUCUUGGGAAUUGAGUGGGGUUGUUUGUUUUGUUUUUUAAAAAAGAGCUUAAAGAUCAAGAGAGAAUGCCUAACAAAAAAUCAGAAAUGCUUCCCUCGGGAAAUGUUUUGGCUCGUUCUCAUACUGAAGUCUGUUUUGUUUUUUUCCCUAACUAACUGUGGUGAGUUUCAGAGCCUGGGUAGUGAGCUGGUGGUCUCUACAGAGAAGGGAGUCUGGAGGAUUUGUUUUGCAUUUGUAAGGCAAGAGAGAAUUUCUCUAAUAUUAUGUGAACUAUUGCUCAUUUUACACUGGUAGUCUAAUAUAAUUUUCCCUGAUGUAAGUGAUAUUUUUUCAUCUAGCAACAAAGUAUCUCCUAAUUAAUUUCCAGUAGUUUGUGAAGUUGGGGCUGAAGUAUCUCAAUUGAACAUCUUUCAUGUUACAGUAAGUGUAUGUUUUCUCAAAUUUAAACUGGCUAUUUGAACUUUAAAAGAUAGCUCUAAAUUAGUUGUAUUUAGGAAGACAUUUGCAAAUAUCUAAUUUAAUGAGGACAUACAAUUCAUUAUUAAAAUCUUUGUACACUGUAGUUUGAAUUAAUGUAUUUUGUAUUUUGCAGUAAAACAUAACUCAGAUUUCUAUAGGCGUUAAAACCACAGUGGUUCC